AUGGACGAUUCUGAAUUCGAUAAGAAUGAGCCUUCACAAAGUAUUGAACCUGCACAGCAAAAAGAGGGAGAAGAGUUUGUUACAGAACAACAUUGGGAGAGUGAGCACCACUCACACAGCGAACAUCAUAGCUCUUCUUCCUCCGCUAGUCCUCCGUCAAUCUCAGGAAACUAUUCACAAUCAAGUUAUGAUUAUUCGAAACCUCAGAAUAGCGAGCAUUCAAGUUCUAGCUCAAGUUCUAGCUCAUCUUCCACUAAAAGUUCUCCAUCGUUUUCAAGAAACGAACAAAAUAGAAGUUCGCAGACAAGUUCUGACUUCUCGAAAUCUGAACGCGAUGAGGAACAAACCGCCACCCCCUCAAGCUCAUCAUCAAGUUACUCAUCGACUUCGGAAAAUGAACGAUCAAGUUCUAACUUUUCUAAAUCUGCGAACACUGAGCAAUCAACUUCUGACUACUCAAAAUCUGCAAACAGAGAGCCCCAAACUGUCGACCACUCUAGCUCAUCUUCCAGUUCAAGUUCCUCAUCGACUUCGGAAAAUGAACGAUCAAGUUCUGAAUUUCCAACAUCUCCUAGCGUUGAGCGAUCGAGUUCUAACUUUUCUAAAUCUGCAAACACUGAGCAAUCAACUUCUGACUACUCAAAAUCUGCAAACAGAGAGCCCCAAACUGUCGACCACUCUAGCUCAUCUUCCAGUUCAAGUUCCUCAUCGACUUCGGAAAAUGAACGAUCAAGUUCUAACUUUUCUAAAUCUGCGAACACUGAGCAAUCAACUUCUGACUACUCAAAAUCUGCAAACAGAGAGCCCCAAACUGUCGACCACUCUAGCUCAUCUUCCAGUUCAAGUUCCUCUUCGUCUCCUGUGACCGCAGACUCGCAAUCGAGCUCUGAAUUUCCAACAUCUCCUAGCAUUGAGCGAUCAAGUUCUGGCUUUUCGAAAUCUGUACAAAAUGUCAACCAUACUAUUACUAGUGACAACUUUAGCUCAUUUCCCAUAACGAGUUCACCAUCUUCCACUGAAAUAGAGCAAUCAGAGGAACAUGAACAAGAACAUAGUGGAGAUUCAAACAAGCUCAGAGCUGAUGAAUCAGAGGACCACCAAGAGUCGAAUGAACACGGAAAUGAUGAAUCAGAGGACCACCAAGAGUCGAAUGAACACGGAGCUAAUGAAUCAGAGGACCAAGAUUCGAAUGAACACGGAGCUGAUGAAUCAGAGGACCACCAAGAGUCGAAUGAACACGGAGCUGAUGAAUCAGAGGACCAUCAGGAGUCAAAUGAACACGGAAAUGAUGAAUCACAUGAACAUUUGUGGGAGUCAUAUGGACAAGAAAAUUAUGAAUCCGAGGGAAGUUCAGAAGAGUGGAACGUAGAAUCUUCCACUGAAAUAGAGCAAUUAGAGGAACAAGAACAUAGUGGAGAGUCAAACAUUCGCGGCGCUGAUGAAUCAGAGGACCACCAAGAUGUCAACCAUACUAAUGGCAACUCUAGCUCAUCUCCCAUUACGAGUUCACCAUCUUCCACUGAAAUAGAGCAAUCAGGGGAACAAGAACAAGAACAUAGUGGAGAUUCAAACAAGCUCAGAGCUGAUGAAUCAGAGGACCACCAAGAGUCGAAUGAACACGGAAAUGAUGAAUCAGAGGACCACCAAGAGUCGAAUGAACACGGAGCUAAUGAAUCAGAGGACCAAGAUUCGAAUGAACACGGAGCUGAUGAAUCAGAGGACCACCAAGAGUCGAAUGAACACGGAGCUGAUGAAUCAGAGGACCAUCAGGAGUCAAAUGAACACGGAAAUGAUGAAUCACAUGAACAUUUGUGGGAGUCAAAUGGACAAGAAAAUUAUGAAUCCGAGGGAAGUUCAGAAGAGUGGAACGUAGAAUCUUCCACUGAAAUAGAGCAAUUAGAGGAACAAGAACAUAGUGGAGAGUCAAACAUUCGCGGCGCUGAUGAAUCAGAGGACCACCAAGAUGUCAACCAUACUAAUGGCAACUCUAGCUCAUCUCCCAUUACGAGUUCACCAUCUUCCACUGAAAUAGAGCAAUCAGAGGAACAAGAACUUAGUGGAGAGUCAAACAUUCGCGGCGCUGAUGAAUCAGAGGACCACCAAGAGUCGAAUGAACACGGAGCUGAUGAAUCAGAAGACCACCAUGAGUUAAAUGAUUACGGAGCUGAUGAAUCAGAGAACCAACAGGAGUCAAAUGAACACGGAGCUGAUGAAUCAGAGGACCAACAGGAUUCAAAUGAUUACGGAAAUGAUGAAUCAGAGGACUACCAAGAAUCGAAUGAACACGGAGCUGAUGAAUCAGAAGACCACCAUGAGUUAAAUGAUUACAGAGCUGGUGAAUCAGAGAACCAACAGGAGUCAAAUGAUUACGGAAAUGAUGAAUCAGAGAAAAAUCCGGCAGAUUGGAACUAUCUAUAA